UCCGAAUCUCCCCGAGUCCGAGGUCUCAGAGUGCCAGGUGGCUCCGGAGCUUCUCGAGCUCACCGCCUGCCCCUCCCACCCAGACUGGGUUUGGCCACCCAGUCCCGCACCUGGAUCCGCGGUUUCGGUCAGACCCGCCCGCGAACUGGUUUCGAUUAGGGACUGGAGCSGGGCGGGAGGGCGGAGCGGCCAGGAUGCGAGGAGGGGACUAGGGCGAGCCACGGAGUGGGGACAGACCCGUGCGGGAGACAAAGAGCGGCCCAGAGACAGCAGGGCGCAGCGCGGCGACCCGAGGAGCGCCCGAGCUGAUUUCGGGGGUCAGAAGCCGAAGGAGCUUCAAUACCGAAGGCAGCAGAGAGCCGUCGUGCGGCGGGUCUCCCCGGGAUGCGGACGCCGGUGGUGAUGACGCUGGGCAUGGUGCUCGCGCCCUGCGGGCUGCUGCUCAACCUGAUCAGCACACUGGCCCCCGGCUGGCGACUGGUGAAGGGCUUCCUCGACCAGCCGGUGGACGUGGUGCUGUACCAGGGCCUGUGGGACAUAUGCCGUGAGCAGAGCAGCCGUGAGCGCGAAUGUGGCCAGCCGGACCAGUGGAGGUACUUCGAGGCCCAGCCGGUGCUGGUGGCGCGGGGACUCAUGAUCACGUCGCUGGCCACCACCGCCGUCGGGCUGCUGCUGGCGUCGCUCGGCGUGCGCUGCUGGCAGGAGGAGCCCCAGUUCCUGCUGGCGGGCCUCUCGGGCGUAGUGCUCUUUGCCGCGGGCCUCUUCAGCCUCAUCCCGGUCUCCUGGUACAAUCACUUCUUGGGGGACCGCGACGUCCUGCCCGCCCCGGCCCAACCGGUCACUGUAGAGGUUAGCUAUAGCCUGGUGCUGGGCUACCUGGCCAGCUGCCUAUUGCUGUUGGGAGGCUUCUCGUUAGCGCUCAGCUUCGCGCCUUGGUGCGAGGAGCAUUGUCACAGCUGUCGCAAGGCGCCCCCAGCCGGGCCGCGCCGCAGCAGCAUCAGCACAGUCUACGUGGACUGGCCAGAGCCCACACUUACACCGGCCAUCAAGUACUACAGCGAGGGCCAGCACCGGCCGCCACCCACCGAAUAUGGUGCCACUCGCAAGCCCAAGGUUGGUUUUCCCAUGCCGCAACCGCCUCCCAAGGCUUACACCAACCCGGUGGACGUGCUCGACGGGGAGGGGGGAAAGGCAGCCACCUCCCAGGGGGCAUCCUCGCGCAGCACCCGGCCCUGUCACAGCUCGCUGCCCUGCGAUUCUGAUCUGUAGACCUCACCUCUUCCUUCCACCUGCCCUGGCGAAGACCCUGGGCUUGGGAAUGCCUGCACCGUUCUACCUUGAACUUGCCAGCUGAGAAGCAGUCUGACUGGGGAUUGGAACCCCCUCACCUUCCUGAAACUGAUUGGAAGGGCGAUCUUCCUUUACUGUGACCAAACUAGGCUCUUUGGCUCUUCGGACGUUUAGUUCAGGUUAGGACAGUUUUUUGUUUGUUUGUUUGUUUGUUUUUAGAAUUUCAUUUUUCUUUGCUGAAGGAGAGAAAGGUAUUGUUUGUGUUAACAACCAGGGACAGUAAACAAGAAGAAAAAGUUGAAAUCAACAAAAAAAGAGGCUCAAAACUGGUUUAAGUGUAACUUGAAACUAUAGUAUUCUAACACUAAUGAACUGGUUUAAGUGUAACUUGAAACUAGAGUAUUCUAACACUAAUGAAUCUUGGAUCAGUAUAAUCAUUGCAUUUUAUUUUUCCUUUGCUUUUUAACUUCUUGUCAUGCCAACUCUGGAAAGGCCAGUGUAUUUCUGGUUGUAUAUGAACCCAGGCUCUUCAAGAGUCAUGAAAAUACCAGCAGCUUUAGUGGCUUUUAUUGAACAAAAUAAUCUGGUUAACUCAUGCGUGCAUCUCUUCUUGUGUAGAUAGGAUUUAUCGUUUUUAUCACUUGUUUUUUGGUGUGAAAGGUCAUUCAAGAGCUUCUCUUCCAGAAGCAAGGUAAAUGAAGGCAUGCACACAAUACUGUUUUUUUCUUCCUUGAAUACCUCACCCUGGACACAGAAGA